UCAACUCCUUUUUUAAACCGUGGUGUAAAACUAUAAACUCCGCUAUUAAACCCUCAAAAAGCCCGCCAUUUGCCCUCAUUUUCAAUCGCCAAUCACUACUGGUAACCUUCAUAUUAGAUGUUUUCAUUGUGGUCCUCUUGCUCGGCAUUGCACCGCCGUUCCAGUUUCUAGGGUUUUUACUGCGUUCCCAAAGAUUUUUGUGUUUAUUUGUUGAAUUUCGGUAAUGGAAACCGAUGAGGCCCAGCGUGUGCUGCCGUUUCAGCUACAAUUCGACAAACCAGUCGCCUCUCAGAUCAAAAUGGCGGAAUGGAAUCCGGAGAAGGAUUUAUUAGCCAUGGUUACGGAAGAAUCGAAGAUUUUGCUGCACCGAUUCAAUUGGCAAAGGUUGUGGACCAUUUCGCCAGGAAAGUCCAUUACGUCCCUGUGUUGGCGUCCUGAUGGCAAAGCAAUAGCCGUUGGGCUAGAAGACGGAACCGUUUCCUUGCAUGAUGUUGAAAAUGGAAAAUUGCUGAGAAGCUUAAAAUCCCAUACCGUUGCUGUUGUAUGUCUUAACUGGGAGGAGGAUGGACAACUCACUAAGAAUAAUUCUGCUGACAUCUCAACAUAUGAUGACCGUACUUCUCGUUUCUUCCCUCCUGCUCCAAGAAUUCCUCGAAUGCCUGGACUGGUGUCUGGAACUGGCUUCAUGGAUGAUAAUGAAGAUUCAUUUUUUGAGCUAUCAAAUUCUUCACAUCAACGUUUUAAUAUUCUAUGUAGUGGAGACAAAGAUGGAAGCAUAUGCUUUAAUAUCUUCGGGAUAUUUCCAAUAGGGAAAAUAAAUAUACAUGAGUUUUAUGUUCCUACUCCCCUUGUGGAUAAACAAGCUACAUACCAACUUAUGAAUGCUUCCAUUUUCAAGGUUGCUUUGUCAAAAGACCUUUGUCGCUUGAUAGUCAUGUGCUCAGGACAACUUAAUCAAGAUGAGGAUAAAUUGGGUGAGAAACAAAUAGGUGGACAUGAUAUGCAUGGCUUACAUAGCUUAGUUCUGAAUUCUUCCAUAUUCUCAAAGAGGAAAAAUGAGCUCCAUCAGAUGGCCCAGCAAGCUUCUAACAUUGAGGAUUUAAUGGAGGUUAUCAGGGCUUCACUAACAAUUAUGUGUAAGCAGUGGUCAGAUGCCAUGCACAAUUUUCACGAGAAGUUUGAUUCUCUCCCUACUUUGAUUGUUGACAAUGGUCUGGACUCUUCUCCCCAGGAGGAGUUUUUAAGCCUUUUAGGUGGUGCUCGUACUAGUCCAGCAAUUCACCAGUUUCUAGUUAACUCUCUUGGUGAAGCGGCUGUCAAGCGUGUGUCAAAGGCUGUUUGUGGUGCUGGGAAAGAACUUCAGCUUAUUGUCCUUGAUCAUCUUCAGCCUGCUGCAGAAAUUAUUGGAUUCAGGAUGGGAGAACUAAGAGGCCUUUCAAGAUGGCGUGUACGGUAUCAGGGUAUUGGGUUGGAUGAGACGCUAAUUAACCAUGCAUCUGAGAAGUCUGGUAUGUUUCUAGUACAAGUUGAGCGGUUUAUGAGGGUGCUUUCAUCUGUGGUGCAGCAGUUUUCGAAUUUCUUCAACUGGCUUUUAAAAUGCAUAAAGCUAUUUAUGCAAGAACCAAGCGAUCAACUUCCAAGAUACAAUAGCGAGCUCGUUGUUGUAUUCUUGAAGUUUUUAUAUGAUCAGGAUCCUGUUAGGCAGUUGCUGGAGCCCUCUGAAGUUGAUCAUGAUGUAGAAGUUGAUCUGGAAACAAUGCAAAGAGUUAGAGAGUUAGUUCAGUUUGGAGGAUUUUCAGAUUGCAACUAUCUGCAAAGAACAUUGCUCAAAGAGUUUCAACAGAUGGAGUCCAGUUUCAAGGAAGCUUUCCUGAUGCCCUUUACGACGAUUUCAAAGAAGAUUCUUUGUGAGGAUUUGCUGCCACUAUUUCCUCUUCCAUCUUCUCCAACACCUAUGUCUAUAGCAGUGCCUAUGUCAAUAUCAUACUACGAGGAUGUCUCCCAAUCUGACCAGACUUCUUAUCAUGAUUUUAUUGAUUACAUAUCUUUCCGAGUGCCCGAUGAACCUUUCUCAGAUAUUGCAAAUUGUAUUGGCAUAGCAAGGGGAUUUAUGCAUGAUGUAAGCAAUGUAGAAAGGGGUUGCACUUCAUUGGAAGUUGUGUUGUUAUCUGUUCCUGCAGGUUAUAACUGUGUGGACCUGUCAUUAUAUAAGGAAAGUCAACUUGUUUUGUUAUUAAAUGAAACAAGUACCUCUUCUGAAAACUCUGGAGAAGGUUGUAUGAUAAUUGUGCAAGCUAGUGACCUUCCAUUUGUAUCUAUUUCAAGAUCAACUUGUCAAAACCAUUGGGAGUUACAUCACCUAAAGGACUCUAUUGUGUACCUGCAAAUGGAAAAUGAAAAGGUUCGCAGUAUUCCUCAUUCAGUAGUUGCUCCCUUGGCAGUUAGCGCAUCUAGAGGGGUGGCUUGCGUGUUUGCUGCAAGGAAGCGAGCCUUGGUCUACAUUCUAGAGGAAGAUGAAGAUAAAGUUUCAGAUACAGAAUGACUCAAUCCUAUGUUCUUUUUCUUUUGAGUUUUUAUUACCCAUGUCAUGUUUGUUGUUUAAUAGACUAUUCAAAUCAAAAUUAACCAACAUUCUAGCCUAAGGGCUGUUUGUUUAUAUAAUUUAUUUUGUUAGAAUAUUGAA